AUUUGUCAUCGACCUCCCACGCCACCUAUACGCCCAGCCCUCUGGUUGCUGCCUUCAGUACCAGAGAGAGACACAGAGACCAGACUGCCCCCCAGACUUCAAGUUCAAACAAGCUCCUGUUUUUCCUCCCACCCUGAAAGCAAAAAUUUGAACAGAUCGGAACAGAUCUCCUUUUUCUACAGAACUGCAGUGUAGUAAGAAAGAGAAGCAGCCAUGUGUACAGGACAGUGCUCCCGCUUCAUCGGGCUGGCUCUGUACCCGCUGGCCUUCAUCUCCAUCCUCUGCAACAUCAUCCUGUUCUUCCCGGGCUGGGACGUCAAGUACGCCCAGGACGGGCACAUCACCGAGGAGGUCAAGUACAUGGGCGGUCUGGUCGGUGGAGGACUCAUGGUACUGGUGCCUGCGCUCUACAUCCACAUGACUGGGAAGCAAGGCUGUUGUGCAAACCGCUGUGGGAUGUUCUUAUCGAUUGCUUUCGCUGCCGUCGGUGUGGCUGGCGCCCUCUACAGUUUCAUUGUGGCAGUGCUUGGUCUGCAGAAUGGGCCUCUCUGUAAAGUAGCGCUAAUGAUUUGGACGACGCCUUUCAAAGACAUGAAGGAGAGUUACCUGAGUGACCAUAGCAAAUGGACCCUAUGCACGUCGCCUGAAAAUGUGGUGGAGUUCAACGUGGGACUCUUCGCUACCUUGUUGGUGACAAGUGGCCUUCAACUUGUGCUUUGUGCUGUUCAAAUGGUCAACGGCCUUUUUGGAUGUUUGUGUGGAACCUGCGUUAACAAAGGGCCCCUGUAAGUUCCCGCUUCGGAUGUUCAUCGUGUCAUCAUCUACACUCCCGGGGUCCUAGCUCGACGAUGACGUCAUGAACCCCUCUUGUGGCUGUGUGUUUGUUUACCAAGCGAGUGUCUCUUCAUAUCCUGACUGAGUAGUGAUGGCAGUGGUGAUGUUUAGUUCCACCAAUACCUACUGGGACGUUAUCACUAUAAUGUGCCAUUGUUACGAUUGUGGUUGAUUUGUAAAUAUAAAAAAGCUUAUGCAAUCUGUA